GUCGUUUUUUCAUCAACUGUCAGCUCUAUGAGUAUCACUACAUUAAUGAAGAAAAGAACUGGACUGAAGCUCAGCAGUACUGCAGAGAGAACCACACUGACCUGGCCACAGUGUCUAACAUGGCAGACAUGAAGAGAUUCCUCAGUAACUCAGCAGGAAACAUGACAGAAGCUUGGAUUGGUCUGUAUGAUCAGACAGAUGUUAACAGAACAUGGUACUGGUCUCUGCCUGGAAUGAAGUUUAAUGAAAGUGAGACAAACUGGGACCAAGUUAAACACAAAGAACCAACUGAUAGAGCAAAUAGAGAUUAUGAGAACUGUGGGUUUCUAUAUAAAAAUCUUAAAUGGGCGGAUACUCAGUGCCAACAUACCAGAUGUUUCCUGUGUUAUGAUGAAACUAAUAGAACCCAGAAAUACCACUUGAUUAGAGAGGAGAAGACCUGGCAGGAAGCUCAGAGUUACUGCAGAGAGAAUCACACAGACCUGAUCAGUGGAAUGAAGCAGCUACAGGAUGGAGAACUGGAGGAAGUGAUGAGCUCUGUGGGAGAUGAAACACAAAUAUACUUUGGUCUCUUCAGAGACACAUGGAGGUGGUCAGAUAGAAGCAGUUUCUCUUUCAGACACUGGGUGAAUGAGUUUAAUAAUGAGAAAUACAACAGUGGGCAAUGUACAGUCAUGAUGUUCAAUCAUAAAGGCAGAUGGAAGAGUGAGGACUGUACUGUUGAAAAACCCUUCAUCUGUUAUGAUGAUAAAAUGAUCCUGGUCAAAGAAAAUAAAACCUGGGAGGACGCCUUAUACUACUGCAGAGAUCACUACCAUGACCUGGUCACCAUCACCAGCCUGGAUGAGCAGAGAUGGAUCCAGGAGAAAGCCAAGAACGCCUCGACUGAUUAUGUCUGGAUGGGACUGCGCUACACCUGUACUCUGGAUUUCUGGUUCUGGGUCAGUGAUGAGGUGGUCAGGUAUAAGAACUGGGCCUCAGGGGAACCAGUGGAUGACUGUGACAUGUCUGGAGCCAUGGAGACAGGAGGAGGACAUAAGUGGAGGAAAAUAAAUGAUCUAGAGGAGUUUAACUUCAUCUGCUCUAAGGAAUAACACUGAUUGUUUUAU